AUGGCGACGGCGUCGUUCGCUUCGUUUGCUGCUGCCCCACCGGCACCGCCGACUUAUCACUGGCCACUGCAUCCAGCUGCGCUAGACCCGUCGUACUGCCGGGACCGACAGUACUCGUGCGACACAGCGCCUCCGUUCUCACCCUACGGGCCAGGACCGAUGCCGCGGCAGGAGCCCGCGAGUGGAGCAAUGCGUGUGCAGUGCCAUCGCUGUGGUGGAUUCGGCCACAUAUCUCGUAACUGUGCCACGGGUCGAGGAAUGGGGCCACCCGUUUGCUUCCGGUGCCAGCGAUUGGGUCACCUGCAAGCACAGUGCCCGGGAAACCAGUGGCGGUAG